UAUUUUAUGCGGUGCACCUCCUACUACUGGUUUGAAGAAGCAGCUCUCGAACCCUUCUCUUCCCAUCUUGCCUGCCUCACCUUCAUUCUCUCCUCUAUAGCUUCUUGCUUUCUCUCCUCCUUCCCUACUCUGUUCAUAGCUAGCUCACAGCCCAGUAUUGGUGCCUGUGUUCCUUCCAAUUCUCUUCUCCAUGCAAGCAGCACUCUCUUCUUUGGGUUUUUAAUUUCUUCCCCCCUGCCUGUUUGCUUCUUUCUGCAUCCAAAAGCUUUUAAAACAGGCAGAAUCAUAAACAAUCCCCUUCUUUAAAAAUCAUUGCUUCCUUUUCCAACACUUCCUUUUAACCUAAAAAACAAAACACCACUCUGUUGCAAUUGGAGUAUUUUUCUCUCUUUUUUUCGCUGCUUUUCUGGUUUUAAAAUUUUUGCUUGCUAGCUACAUCAGUACAUGAGCUAGCAGAAAAGCAUGGCCGGCCUCGACCUCGGCACCGCUGCGACGCGCUACGUUCAUCAGCUCCACCACCUCCACCCCGACCUCCAGCUGCAGCACAGCUACGCCAAGCAGCCGGAGCCCUCCGAGGAUGACCCUCAUGGCAGCGGCGGCGGCGGCGGCAACAGCAACAACGGCGGGCCGUAUGGUGAGCACGACGGCGGGUCGUCCUCAUCCGGCCCAGGCGCCGGAGACGCCCCCGGUGGCAGCGGCGGUAACGGGGAGAUGGUAGCCCGCCGACCGCGCGGCCGCCCGCCGGGCUCGAAGAAUAAGCCCAAGCCCCCGGUGAUCAUCACGCGGGAGAGCGCCAACACGCUGCGCGCCCACAUCCUGGAGGUCGGGAGCGGCUGCGACGUGUUCGAGAGCGUCUCCACGUACGCGCGCCGGCGGCAGCGCGGCGUCUGCGUGCUGAGCGGCAGCGGCGUGGUCACCAACGUGACGCUGCGGCAGCCGUCGGCGCCCACGGGCGCCGUCGUGACGCUGCACGGGAGGUUCGAGAUCCUGUCGCUCUCGGGUUCUUUCCUCCCGCCGCCGGCUCCGCCCGGCGCCACCAGCCUCACCAUCUUCCUCGCGGGGGGCCAGGGGCAGGUGGUCGGCGGGAAUGUCGUGGGUGCGCUCUACGCCGCAGGCCCCGUCAUCGUCAUCGCCGCGUCCUUCGCCAACGUCGCCUACGAGCGUCUCCCGCUGGAGGAGGAAGAGGCUCAGGCAGCGCCACCCGGCCUCCAGAUGCAGCCACCCGGCGGUGGUGUCGAUGGCGCUGGUGGAGGCAUGGGCGGUGGGCCGUUCCCUCCCGACCCGUCGGCUGCCGGGCUGCCGUUCUUCAACCUGCCGCUCAACAACAUGGCCGGUGGCGGGUCGCAGCUCCCGCCCGGCGCCGACGGCCAUGGUUGGGCCGGUGCACGGCCGCCGUUCUGACAAGCAAGUCCAUGAUGGCCGGUACGGUGCGUGGUGUAAUUCAGGUUUGAGAGAACAGGAAGAUGUCUAGAAGAAAGCAAUGAACGGCACAAGGGUUAAGGGCAGCUUGCAAAAGGUUAGCGCACGUAUGCUUGCAAGGAUUCUAUCUAUCUAUUUCUAUCUCGAUCUCUGUAAAACUCCGUGUAGUGUUUGCUCGGUCUCUCUGAUUUUGUGUUUUCAAUUUCUUCUCCUUUCUUUUCCUUUUCUCCUCUCAAGUGCCUCUUGAAACUUGAUCGAUCUGUGGUGUAACCUUUGUCUUAAUUUUUAAUCUGGCUUUUAAUAAGUAGUAUUCAAAAAUUGUUCUC